AUGGCAUCACUCACACGCGGCAGGGACCUCAUGUCAGGGCUUGACGAUGCGUCUGACAUGGACCAGAUGGUAAAACGGCGCCCCGGGUUCUCGUGGGCGAUGCCGUGCGAUCCCGCAAUGCUCGCUGACAACGCAGCAGCUGCCGAGGCGGCCCUCGCCUCACCUAAGAUGUGGAUGGGCGCUGCCUCUCCGAUUCCCAUGGUGCCGCCGGUACCGAUCGCUUCGCCGAUGGCCAUGAUGCCGGGAUUUUCGCCGCUCAUCAUGCCGAUCCCGCAAAACGAGGAGGACGUGCGGAAGAUGGAGGCAUUUAGAUCGGUGAUGGGCCACGCUAUGCUCGGGGUACCGCCCUUCCCGAUGUCUGCGUCGAUGCAGACGGAGACCGAGACUCAAGUCGACGACGUGGAGAGCGCCAUAACCACACCCCUGCGGGGGUGGGGGAGUUACCCUGCCGACGAGGAGACACUUAGGGAGCACAUAAUCUUGGAAACGGAGCUCUACGACGAGCUCCGCGACGCCGUAACCAACCAGAACCACUUCAAGACAGUGGUCUCACUGCUGGACCGCUAUUUCAAGGGCGCGCUAAGCGCCUCCGGAAGGCCCAAGGUGGCCAGACUGGUGCAGAACGUCAUAGACGACCGCGCGACGACAGUGGACGAGAGCAGGAAACUCAAACACUUGCUAGAGGGGAUCAAGAACCCGCAUCUGCGGGCGAAGGGUACUUCGAAGGCGGAUGCCGCGUACCUCAAACAGCUCUCGGAAGUUUGCAAGAUCUUUAUGUCACAGUAUAGCAGUUCAAGAAAGGUGGAAUGA